UCAGGGGGACCUCCAUAGCUACCGGGUAAUUAGUGAGCAGCUGGGUUUCCAGGAUUCAUUGCUGUGAACAGAGCAGUGAUGCACACAGGCCCUGUGUUUAAACGCCCAGUGAGCCCUGUCCAUUUUUUUUUUUUUCCGCCUCUUUUACUGCAUAUUUAAAGCCAUUUUUAGUUGUUACAGAAGGGGACCAAGCACUGAGCUGGAAGCAGGGGCUGGGACUUCCUGCUCCUAGGUCAUUCUUCAGCCUUGGGCAAAUUCGGUAACUGUAGGGUCUCACUUUUACUCAGCACAAACCACAUGGUGGGCCCCAAACAAGUUGAGAGGGAAAAUGUGCAGAAGAGGACCUUUACUCGAUGGAUAAAUCUACAUCUAGAAAAGUGCAAUCCACCUAUAGAAGUUAAAGACUUAUUCAUCGAUAUACAAGAUGGCAAAAUCCUAAUGGCGUUGUUAGAAGUCCUGUCUGGGCGGAAUCUGCUGCACGAAUACAAAUGUUCGUCGCAUCGUAUUUUUCGGCUGAACAACAUAGCGAAAGCACUCAAGUUUUUGGAAGAUAGCAAUGUUAAACUCGUUAGCAUUGAUGCCGCAGAAAUAGCAGAUGGCAACCCUUCUUUGGUUCUUGGGCUGAUAUGGAACAUAAUCCUCUUCUUCCAGAUUAAGGAGCUCACAGGCAACCUCAGCAGAAACUCUCCAUCUUCCAGCCUCUCCCCCGGCUCAGGGGGCACAGACUCAGACUCAUCCUUCCCACCCACGCCCACCACAGAGAGAGAGAGGAGCGUGGCCAUAUCGGUGAAAGACCAGAGGAAGGCCAUCAAGGCCCUGUUGGCCUGGGUGCAGAGAAAAACGAGAAAGUAUGGCGUGGCAGUGCAGGACUUUGCGGGCAGCUGGAGGAGUGGACUGGCUUUCCUGGCAGUGAUCAAGGCCAUUGACCCCAGCCUGGUGGACAUGAAACAGGCCCUGGAAAAUUCGGCACGAGAAAAUCUCGAGAAGGCUUUCAGCAUCGCACAGGAUGCCUUGCACAUCCCCAGGCUCCUGGAGCCAGAAGACAUCAUGGUUGACACACCGGACGAGCAGUCUAUCAUGACUUACGUGGCACAGUUUCUAGAACGUUUUCCGGAGUUGGAAGCUGAAGAUAUUUUCGACUCAGAUAAAGAAGUUCCUAUCGAAUCCACUUUUGUUCGUAUCAAAGAAACUCCUUCUGAACAGGAGAGCAAAAUCUUCAUUCUGAAUGAAAAUGGGGAGCACACCUACACUAUUAACCAUGAAACCAGCCACCCACCACCCUCCAAAGUCUUUGUCUGUGACAAGCCUGAGAGCAUGAAGGAAUUCCACCUGGAUGGUAUUUCCAGCCAUGCACUGUCAGACAGUUCCACUGAGUUCAUGCACCAGAUCAUCGACCGGGUCCUGCAAGGGGGCCCAGGUGACACCAGUGACAUCAGUGAGCCAUCUCCAGAAACCUCCAUUUUAUCAUCCAGAAAGGAGAGCCAGAGGUCCAACUCUUUGCCAAUCAAGAAAACAGUUCACUUUGAGGCUGACACCUGCAAGGAUGCGUCCUGCAGUAAGGACCUGUCCCUUCACCUUGAAGGGAGCCCGAGAGUGGCAAAGGAACCACUGAUGGAGGAUGGACGCAUCUUGGCAGUUGAGGUUGCUGAGGAAAAGGAAUGGAAACAGGAAUCCUCGAAGAUUCCAGAAUCCUUCUCUGACAAGGUCCCUGGUGAUGUUUUUUUUGCGGAGGGCACGAUCAAUAAUUCUCAGUCUUCUUCUUCCUAUAAUGGUGCUUUAGAGAGUACAGCCAGCCAGGAUGAAGAAAGUCAGUCUCUUUCACCCCUGGGAGAGAAUACUGCGAUGGCCAGUUCCGUGGAGAUCAAGGUUAAUCUGAUGACUGUAGAACCUCUGGAUGAGGGAGACUAUUUUGAAGCCAUCCCAUUAAAAGCCUCAAAAUUUAUCAGUGACCUAAUAGAUUUGGCUUCUACCAGCCAGGCUUUCAACAAAGUUCCUUCACCUCAUGAGACAAAACCUGAUGAGGAUGAUGAGGCUUUUGAGAAUCAUGCUGAAAAACUCGGUAAAAGGAGUACUAAAUCUUCUCACAAACAGAAAGAUUCGCCAGAGCCUCAAGUUAAGUCUGACAAACAUGAAGCUCACCAGGACUCCGGAGAAGAAGCUGAAGGCUGUCCUUCAGCCCAGGAAGAGACACCAACAGAUAAAAAGCCAGAGGUACAUGAGAAGGCCAAGAGAAAGUCCAUCCAUCCUCAUCAUGAGGAAGAGGGAGAAGACGAUGACCUCGAGGGUGUGGGCGAGGAAUUAUCUUCCAGCCCCCCAGGCAGCAGUGUCAGCUUGGAGACCCUUCAGAACCACAGCGAAGAAGGCCUGGAUUUCAAGCCCUCUCCACCCGUCUCAAAGGUUUCCGUCAUUCCCCAUGACCUCUUCUAUUUCCCGCACUACGAGGUUCCCCUGGCUGCAGUUUUGGAGGCUUAUGCAGAAGACCCAGAGGAUCUAAAAAAUGAAAAAAUGGAUCUCGAAGGUCCAGAGGGUUGUAUGCAAGACCUGGACUCCAGGGAGGAGGAGGCUGAUGGCUCUCAGAGCAGCUGCAGUUCUUCGGCACCAGGCGAGUGCCUCCCCAGUGCCAGCGACCAGGUGCUAUAUCUCAACAGGGAUGGUGGGAGUACCACACCAGCCUCAGAACCUGCUCCUCUGGCCCCCCAUGACGACCACCAACAAAGGGAGACCAAAGAGAGUGACCCCAUGGACAGCCACCAGUCCCAGGAAUCCCCAAACCCGGAAAACGUAGCAAACCCCCUAGAAGAAAAGGUAACCAAAGAAUCAGUCAGCAGUAAAAAAAAGGAAAAGAGAAAACAUGUGGACCGCGUAGAAAGUUUGUUAUUUAUAGCACCUGGAACUGUUCGAUCCUCAGAUGACCUCGAAGAAGACACUGGCAACCACAGAGUUCCUUCCAGGGCUAGUCACAGUGACUCCAGCAUUUGCAUUCGACGACAUAAUAAUAGGUCUUUGGAAUCGGAUCAUUUUAGCUCUGUUCAGUUGAGGAAUGCAGCAGAUCUGGACGACAGAAGGAACCGAAUGUUAACCAGGUACAAUACUCAGAAGCUCACUGAGCUGAUUUUACAGUUUUAUGGCAUCAGAGCAGACAAGAAGAGGGAAAGCAAACAUGCCAGGAUGUCUAUGAAAGCCAACAGCUCGGGAGAAGCCAUGUCACUGGGGAGCCACAGCCCGCAGAGCGACUCCCUGACACAGUUUGUCCAGCAGCCAGAUAUGAUGUAUUUUAUUCUCUUCCUCUGGCUCCUGGUGUACUGCUUGCUGCUCUUCCCACAACUGGAUGUUAACAGGCUGUGAUGCGUGUGUCCGGAUAAUAAAAAAGAUAGGACCCUGACUGGGGGCGGGGUUACUUCAUUUUAUUUUGGGUUCUGGGUGGGGCACUUCUGCGGACAGUUAAGGACCUCCGAGGAAACUUAGACCCCCUUUCUCGGUGUUGUGGUUUGGGUUUUUUUUUUCAGGUUUCUUCUUUUUUUUUUUUUUUUCCUGGACUACCUGAGCAUGCUUUUUUCUUUGGCUGUGUACUUAAAACUCAGGCACAGAGCUGGAUCCGUAGGUGGGGUUUUGUCCUCGUAUGCCUUGCUGGGUCAGAUAGGAAGCAUCGUUAGUGAUCAUUAGCCUGCCUGGAUCUUAGCGCUUCCCACACGCAGGUUCACAUCUUGGAUGAACUUGAGUUUCUUACCUCUCAGAUGAAGGGCUGCUUGAUGAGGAAGAGGGUGGGUGCCCCAGGCCAAGCCCUAGCUGGGAAGAAAGCUGUCACGUUUUCCUCCACGCAUGGGUGUUUGAGAGAAGGUGCUGGGGUCCACGCACCUGUUGCAGUCUGGUAACUGGUUGCAUUUACUGGGGAAAUCAGAGCAGCCGGCUCUGUGCAAGCACAUCCGGGAAUGGCAGAAUCCAGGGAGGAAGUUGAAAGCUGUGUUGAGAGCCAUAGUGUGCUCUUUUUCACCUUGGUUUUUGUUUUGUUUUGUGUUUUUGAGGGGAGAUGCAUUUUAAAUUCACUUUUCCAUUGAUUGGAUUAGAGCCAUGAUUUCAAAGGCCCUACAGGGCCCUGCAAAGGCCAUGCGGAGUGGCUGGGCUGGAAUCCGCUCCCACCGGUGCUGGAGCUGGAUGCCGCGGCGGCUUCCUGCCAGUAAAAGCUUUUGUGCACACCUGCCUCAGAAUGCACGUCUUCACACGGGUAUCCUUUGUGGUCAGUUGCAGUGGGUUUCUUGAAAAGGCUUUCUGGACAGCACUCCAGGAGCAGGCCAGCGCAGGAGGUUUCUGAGAGAAGAGAGGUGUCUCUAGCACCCACCCAGUCCCCCAUUCCCGCCAUCUCCCUCAGCCCCAGGCUCCAUCUGCUCACUCCUUCCUCCCAAGACUCGAGUCUGUGCAUCAGUUUCUCCUCUCCUUGCUCUCCCCUUCAGAAAGCAUGUACCAGGCAACCCUUAUGAAAUCGUGAACGAGUCAAGAGAGGACUGAGAGCAUCUUGUCUAGCUGAACCCAGAGAGACAGAGCAGCUUGCCCAAGAUCACACAGCCAAUCAGGGAUGGACUUGCAGUGAGCACACAGGCACCUGAUGCUCUGUCCAGAGCUGUCCCCUCUUGUAGGAAACUUCCACCGGGCACGCCAGUGUCCUGAGAAAAAGAUUAAAUGACUAGAUUAAAAUGUCCACCUUCAAACAAAACCGAAAAUUUUACACCAACUAUCGACAUUUGUUUUGUUCUUGUAUUCUUCCCGUGAGGAAGUCUUAUUCACCUGCAAGCUCAUCCCUGAUUCCUUCUGAAACACCCUUGGCAGCUGCAACAGCUUGUCAUUUGACAUGCCAGCAUCGUGCUUACUGCAGGAGUCACGUUUCUUUCUUUGCUAGCCAAGGGCUUGCUCAUUUCAAGCAGUGGGUUUCAAGUUUACUGAAUUCCAGCAUGGCCAGAAGAAUUGACAUAGCACAUCUGAGUCGAAGACAGCCAAAAUCUGGCCUCUAAACCAGUCUGAUUAUAGUCUGUCUCCCCUCCUGAAAGAAUUUCAGCCUUCCAAGCAAAAAGCUGUUGGGAGCUUGGAGUGAUUCCAUCUGGAAGGCCAAGAGCCCCCAUGGAAAAUGAGCUAAUUAAUGAGCUCCCUGGCAUCAGUGAAAGCUCAAAGGUACAGAUAAUAAAGGUUAUGUGUGUGAUAGUUUAUAACCCUGGGCACCACGUGGUCCUGGCCUAAAUUAGAUGCUCAAAGAGCCUGCGAAGAGCUGACCCAAAUGUGCAUCAUUUCAUUUUAUGGGUCUAGACCUUGUUCAGAAAAACCUCUGCAGGCUUCUUCUCUCACCUAUUACAACUUGUAAUAUUGUUUAAAGCAUCUACUGGCAAGAUGCCUAAAAGUCAUUUGGUUCAGGUUGGCAGUCAACUGAUUUUUUUUUUAAAGGAAAAGAAAAUCUCAUUUGAAUAUAGGUUUCUAUGGAAGAAGCUGGAUAUAGAAAAUGGAUGUGGAAGUCUGCAGAACAAACCACCCAUUGCUUGUAAUUUUUUUUUAAUUAAAAGAAAUAUAGUAAGAGAGCUGAGGUCAGGACAUUGAGACCAGCCUUUAACAAGAACUAGCAGUGCCCUAAGUCUUGCUCCUUAGAAGUAACCACUUUUAACUCUCUUACAUUUGCAUUUUUUAAUUAAUUAGAGACAUCUACUGGCUUGCCGUCACAGUGGAUGAGGAUUUCACUCUUACCAUACUGCGUUUUGGUUUUCCAGUGGAGCUAGAUCACACCAUUUAGUACAUUACUGUUAGGUGUUGACAGUACCUGGAGUACGGAUGGAUUGUUGACUCCCAGGCCCAGCACUGUGUUAUGGUUUUGUGUCCUUUGUCCUCCAAAUUCUCCCCUUAAUUUGUUAUUCUCUCUCUUUACUUUUUUUUUUUUUUUGGUGGGGCAUAUUCUUUAAUAAGUUCCUGAGGAAGAGGACAUGGGAAGUUAAUAUGGUUGUAAAUAUUUGGAGAUUUUUGCAUAACUUAAACUGUGUGUAUUCUGCCCUUCACAGAAGUGUGGCUGAGCACAGAAUGACAGGUGGAAAACAAUACCCUCUCCUAUCCCCUUCCAAGUGUGGUGGUUGAGAUUUCGGAUGCCAUUCUGAUUCCCAUGCCUUUAUAUGUGACUUUUUAUCCACCCUCCCUGGAAACAUUUAAGAUCUCCUUAUUCUUGGUGUUCUGAACUGCCAUGAUGGUAUUUUAUCCUGAGUGUUAAAUCUUGUGCUGGGCCCUCAUGGGAAAUUUCUUAAAUCUUCCUGUGAUUACUCACAUCCUUUCUUUCUGGACCACCUAUUAUUUCAGUGUUGGAUCUUCCCCUGCCCCCAGGCUGAUGCUCUGAUAUUUCUUAUCUGUUUUAUUUUUUGUCUAUGUUUCUGAUCUUCAGGAAGAAUUAUUCGUUUUUAUCUUCUCAAUCUGAAGGUUUUAUUGAAUUUUUAUUUUCCAAAUUAACAAAACCUUUGGUCAUUGUCCUGUCUUUGUUUUAUAGUGUCCUGUUCUUGAUUCGUGGAUGCAGAUCUUAGCUCUCUGUGGAUGUUAAUGAUUGUGCUUUGAGGGGAAGUUCUUUCCCGCUCCCUGUGUUGCCCUCGUUUUCUCUGAGUUUUCUUUCUUUUGGUUGGUCUCAGUCUCUAUCUUUCAUGUUAUAAACUUUUCUCAGAUAUCCUGUGGAUCUGUUCAUGUUUUAGAGUGAGGCGUCCAAAAGCUGACUGGAAGCUCUGCACCAUUGGUGAGCUUUUCCCUAGGAUUACCAGGUGGGCACCUGGACUCAUCACUGGAGAACCCUGCAUGUCAAUAUUUGCAGGUUUUUCUCUGGGGUUCAUUCUGUUUCUUUAGAGAUAUUCCCACUUCUCUCCUACCUAGGAAAUGGGCAUACACAGGGCUGCUUUUACGUUGAGCCCUCAUGGAGUUUCAAAAAAGAUGUCCCAUCUGGGCAGAAGCCCCCACGAGCACUUGGCUUGAUUGACAGAGGACACCUUUUGCCCCAUCCUCCAGGCAUACACAGCCCUGAGCUUGGACAACAAUGCAAAGGCUGGAUUUUAACUCCUAAUUGGCCCCCUUAGCCAGGUGCCUCUGUGCAAUGCACAAACUGUAGGGCCAUAUCCAGAGACCCUGUUCUGAGUGCCCAAGUUCUCACUGCUGAGCAGGCAGCCUCAUCACCCAUGAGUACUUAGACUUUCAUUAAGUUGCUCCCACCUUUGCUAUGCCUGGUGUCCCUGAGUGGGAGCUGCUCUGAUUUCUCCAUGGAGUAGGAGCACGGUGGUCAUCUGCUGCAUGGGAAGGACAGGGGGCCUCAGAGCCAACAAAUGCCCUGGUCUUCAGCCCCAUGUCUUACCCCAUGCCUCCCAUUCCAAUCCCCAAGCCUCUCCUGGAGGCUACAGCACGUCUCUGCUGACCACUCUGUGACCUCCCCUCUGCAGGCGUGUAGUCUUAGGAUCCCCCGCCCUGCUUGCUUCUCUGUCACUUUCAUUCCUGCAUAAAUAGGUUGCUAGCUCUGGCCUACUGUUCUCUUCUCUAUCCCUCUGUCUUCAAGGCUGUAUUAACAUAACUUUCAUUCCUUUGCUCUUAUUCUUAUGGGGUUUCAUGAAAGAAGAAAUGGGCUUGUGUGUUCGGAAUACCAUCUUGAUCCAUAAAUGCCAUUUGAGUUUUCUCAUUGAUUGCUGCUCUGUUGACUGGUUUGUGAACGUGCCCUGUGUCCAGCUGGGGCUGUAGCAACAUCCAUCUUGUUGAGCUGUGAUCUACUGAGUGCCUUUGUGUAAUGCUGUGCCAAGUGCAGGAGAGGGUUAAAUAGCAUGGGUAAGCUCUGCUUGAAUGCCACGAUUAGUUAUUACCCUCCUUCCUUCCAGCUGGUUGUGCUGCCUACUCCCAGUAAAUGAUCUGAGAUCUCCUGUCUCCCCAGAGAUAUGGUCGUGUGGGUUCUAGAUUUUCUUUACCACCCUGCUUCAUUUAAGAAACAGAAAACUGACUAGGCACAGUAGUGGCUCACACCUAUAAUCUCAGAAUUUUGGGAGGCCAAGGCAGGAAGAUCGCUUGAGGCCAGGAAUUAGAGACCAACCUCCAUCUCUACAAAAAGUUAAAUUUAAAUUAGUUUGGUAUACACUUGUAGUCCUAGCUACUUGGGAGGCUGAGGCAGGAGAAUUGUUUGAGCCAAGGACUUCGAGGUUACAGUGAACUGUGAUCCUGCUAUUGCAUGCCAGCCUGAGUGACAGAGCGAGACCCUGUCUCAAAAAUAAUACAGAAACAAGUAGUCCACACAGGUGUGUGCCAACAAACAAAUAGCAUGGGUUCUCUGCUGAACAUUUUGGCUAACAUUUCCUUGUCAAAGUUUUUAUCUUGCCAUAGUUGAUGAUCAGGGUGGUCAGGUGUUCCUGGUCAGAACUGACCUUUGUGGGGAGAUAACCUCCCACCAAGUCUCAGAAGCAGGAAGUACACUCUUCCUGCCCCAUGGGCAGCCACCCAGAACAUGCACUUCUCCAUUUCUGGGGUUCAGCACAGCUCUCCCCAUCCUCUUCCCAUGCAGUGUGUGCCUGCUCUUUGUCAGGAUGGAACAGAGGGAAGGUGGAGGCAUUGCGGGCAGCCUGUGUAAUUGAUCUCUGUAAGUCACAGACUUUGAAAACCUCAGGAAUGUAAGCACUCAGUGCCUCAUUUAAGAGAUGAAAAACUAAAGAUUAGAAACGGGAAACAACUAGUUACCCUGCUAGUUGGUGACCUCGGGAUAGCCAUCUUCAUUCCAGUUACGUUUUCUACAAAACUACAGCCUCAGCUGCUGAAGCUAACCUCCCCACCCCUUAUCACUAAGGACACCAUGGAGAUCAUCUCUCCAACAAAAGUCAGAAUAAGCAAGUACAGGUGUGUCUUGCAAACAUGCCAGAAUCCAUCAUGGCUGAUUUGGUAAGGAGCUGUUCUCCUUCCAUUGUCUUCUAUUGGAGGGCAGCUGUAUGACAAGAAUGCUUUCACAUGUGCUCCGAUUGUCUUAACUCUCCAGAAGGACUUCAGAAGCCUCCGGAGUUUUGAGACAUGGCCUCUCUCCUUUCUGCUUGGAGACCCCUUCCACAGGGGUCUCCACUGCUUUCCCCGUCUGUAUUCCUUUGUGAAGCUUUGUGCCCUGAGGUCCCAGAAAUGGGCUGUGUGGGAACCUCCAGUCAGCCUGGCUUCUCAGGACCUUCUCAGCCAAGUGCUUGCCAGGAAAUUAGAUGGCACAAAGCUCUUCAAGGCCCAGGUGUGUUAUUUCUCCUUCCCUGACAUUGCAGAAUCACUGCUGACUCAGCAUUUGGGGGAAGAUGUAACGUCUUGGGCCCCAGCUGCCCUCUGGAGCUGCCACCAAAUAACAGGUUGUUCUGGCCCAUCCAGCUCGUGAGGGGGCUGCCCUAAUGACAAGGUCCAGGACGUGGGCUGGGUGGCAGAAGGCUGGGAGCUGGCGUGGGCGUUAUUGUGCUUCUUUGCUGAAAAUUGCUGUGGGCUUUUCCCCUAACAGCCAGUGUGGGAGGGCCAAACAUGAGACACAACAUCCCUUUGAGCUCCACAGAUCUGGCGCCUUGCUCUCACCAGGCACCUCCUUGGAGAACAGCAGUCAGCAACUCAUGGACGUGAACCCCGUGCACAGACUUUGCAUGGACUUUGCACAGGUUCCAUUUCCAUCACGUGCAGACACCUGUGUUUUGGGCUCCACAUGAGCAACUGCCUUCUUCACUCUGAUUUUUUUUUUUUUUUUUAAGAGAGUGUCUUACUCUGUCACAGAGGCUGGAGUGCAGUGAUGCAAUCACAGCUCACUGUGGCCAGGAACUCCUGGGCUCAGGCAAUCCUCCUGCUUUGGCCUCCCAAGUAGCUUACACUACAAGUGUAUGCCACCAUGCCCACCUCAUUUCUUUACCUUUUGUAGAUACAGGUCUCACUGUGUUGCUCAGGCUGGUCGCAAACUCCUGGCCUCAAGUGAUUCUCCUGCCUUGGCCUCCCAAAGUGCUUGGAUUAUAGGUGUGAGCUACUGUGCCUGGCCUUCACUCUAAUCUUUUUUAAAGACCCCUACAGUGACUUUCAGACCUUGUCAUUUCUCUACCAUUGUGUGUGAGACAGGGCAUGGCGUGAGCUUGGUCAUGUGUAGGUCAAAAGCCUGGAGUCAGAGCUCCUGGUUCCCCGAAAGCCUGCAAAAGUUAUCCGAGUUCCUGAGCUGACUCCUCUGCAAUUGCCAGACCCCACGGUGCUGGGAAUACUGGCUUAUUUGUGUUUAGAACUUGUUCUGAGAACCUGGAUGAGAACACAUCAAGCAAGCAGUUCCUCCCAGCCAGGGCUGGAGCAGCAUGCCAAAAAGCAUUCUUGUCUAUGGAAAAAAGACAACCAGCAUUUUGUGCUGUUUGACCAACUUGUUUUUAAAUACACACAUGCCUCAACAAUCCCGGCCUCAAUCCCAUUCCUAACUUGUUUAAAUCCCUGACACUCAGAUGUCAAGACUAACUUCAUCUAGCAGGGUUCUCUUUAAAGGAACUCUUUUUUUGUUUUCAUUUUAAUCACUGCCUUCUUCUCUGGGUGGUAUUGUGGGAUAGAGAAAGAAGUCAGGUUUGGGAGUCAGCCACAUUAGGUUAGAGUCCCAGCUCUGUCACCAGAUCUCGGGGUGAUCUUCGCGAACCUACCUCUGAGUUUCUGUGCGUUAUAGGCAUUCACCACGUAUUUGUUGAAUCAAAAAUAGCUUUCUUGAAAGUUUAUGAAGUUGUAGGAUGCCCAGCAGCCCCCUUUUCCUCUAUAUCCUUCCUCUCAAAGCAAGCAGUGACUAUACCUCUUUCCCUAACCCUCAGUUUACCACUGCUUCUUCCAACCUCUCUUCAAUCCACUACCUUUUUCCAAGCUACCCUGUCUCAAAUCUAACUCAGGCCUUUUUGCAAGAGGAAGUUUAAGCCAUUGUUUACUCAUUAACUCACUUGACCCUUAGAACAAUCAUGGGAGGUGUUUAUUUCAGAAAGGAAGCUAAAGGACAGGACAGAAAAAUAACAGGGUCAUAGCAUGAGCUAAUAAGUAGCAGAACCAGGAACAUAGGACUCUUGUUUCUAACAUGGAAUUGCACUCUCAACCUCACUGCGGUUGCAAAUUUGCAACCAAAAUGGCCACCUUGAAAGGGUCUUUUGCAGUAAAAUCUCAGUGUCCAACAUCCAAGACAGUUCUUCAGGGCCUUCCAUUAACUGUAUGUCCUGACCCCAGCUGCUCAUCUCUGCACCUGUAACAUGUACUUCUCACAGUAGGAAACUGGGCUUUCUCCCUCAAAAAGAAAAGUAGAAAAGGCCUGAAGACAGCAUAAUUAAGAUGGAGACGCAGAGACCACGAAUUACUUGGAUGAAUUUAUAAUUGGUCUCCGAGACAGGGAUUAUCAUUUUUCCUGUAUUUUAAGCUUAAAAGUAAUGAUUUUUGCCUUGUUACAAAAUACAAAAUAGCAAAAUAUUUGAUAUUUGUAUUCUAUUUCCAACAGCUACCACUACUUCCUCUAGCCCCAGCAAAAAUGGAUAGGUGCAUAUUCUCUGCAAAUCCAUGCUGUGAGGAAGGACAGCCCCAGAACACCAGUAUUUCUGAAUGUCAUUCAAGGAUUUAGACACGUUUUCAAAGGGAACUCUGGGAGUGCCUCUUAUCUGGAGAGCUGACAUUGUCCAAAACAGGCCAACACUGGUCUGGGUAUGGAGAACCCACAUCCUAGCUCUGGCUCACCUGCAGAUGCCUUGAAUUUAACUCUCUGGGUUGGAAGUGGGAAGACCUCUUUUAAAAGUCCUUUCUAGGUUUAAAAAUCCGAAGGUUACUAAGAUAGCUUUUAUUUAUCUCAAUAAGCGGCCUAUUACUUAAAGCAAGUGUACCUCUGUAUUAUAGCCCCAAAGCUUGGGGCAGUGCUUCUUGGCUUUAGUAUCUGAGAAAGGUGCCUUUGGGAAGAGUUUGAAUCUUACAGGUUUGGAAUGGAUGUGUUGAAGUAGAACCUGGAAAAUCUGCUUCCUAGGGCUGUUAGAACUAAAUUGGUCUCCUUAAAUUACGUCAGCAUCUGAGGGAGUCUCUUAAGGGAAUUUCUUAAAUUCAACAGUUCCGCUGUAGAAAUAGGUCUAAAGGACUAGAUCUUCCCACUCCCUCAUCUUUUCCCCUUCCCUAAUAACGACUCAAAAAGGCUCCUGAAAUUCUACUCAGAAUCAGAGCCAUUUGCAUUCCGGCAAAGAUCCCUUAAGCCAAUGGCUGGCAUGCUUGGGUAGAAUGUCCCUGGGGUAGGAGAGAUAGCUGGGGGGAGGGGAGUGUGGUGCAGGGGACACCUGCCCUCUGCCCUUGAAAUUGCACCAUAAGAUGCUGCCUGUAUCACUCACAGUGGUGCUGAAACUAUCCGCCAAAGACAAAUUGUGAACACGGAAAAAUUGUUGUUCCCUACUGUACAUCCUCAGGACAAACUACUAAAACUUGGAGACAGGAGACUGUUCAGACCACAUUGUAGUGGGUGGUGAUGGGUGUUCUACUUUGGGGGAGUCUGGUCUAUUUAGCAGAUUUAAUGUUUCCUUAUUGUCAUGGCAGGGCUUAAUUGACCAAGUUUGAAAGUUUUUACUGAAAGCUCUAAAAAAAACUAUUGAGGAAAAUGAAAUGUUAUUUUGUAGUACAAGGAUUAUUUUUGUCUAGUAUAUACAUAGCUGUAGCUUUGUAAAAAAAAAAAAAAGAGAUCUUUGUAAAAAAUAUAUUAAUGUCCUGUCUUAUUUAUUGAUUACUGUAAAUGAAAAUAUAAAUGGCUAUUGGCAUAAUUUAUACCUGUGGGAAAUUAACUGGAGUAUUUGUUAUUUGACUGUUUUCUAUUAAGGAAUAUUAGGCUUGGUGCUAUGAUGAGUGAUCUUGUAAAAUUAUCUGUAUUCUUAAAGAAAAUUUUUGAAUAUAAAUUUCUUGAACUGA